GGGGAAGCGGGCGGCGCUUCCGGCGCCCCGCGGGCGGCCAUGUUGGAGCGGCGGGCGCGGCGCAGCGGCGGGCGCGGGUCUGGCGGCAGCCGGUGUCAAGGGUUGUUUUUCCAGUAAUUUGGACCUUUUUGAAGCACCUGCUUGCCUAAUGCCAUGAAUAUUGCAGUGAACAAUGAGGAAGAAAAAGCUGUCCAUUCCUGGUCAAGAAUUUCCUCUGCAGGACAGAAAGUGCUGGAGGAAGCCCUCCGAGUCUUCAACCCGAUGUCCAAGGACCUUUCAGACACAGAGACCCAGCUGGUAGCCUUCAUCCAAGGCCUGAAGGAGGAGGGCUACCAGCCCACAAUUCUGAGGAGUAAGGAUGUGUACGGGUAUAGCUCGUGCACGGCAGUCACACCGAGUCAGACAGAAGACACACAGUGCAACUGUGCCAGCACCACUGAGCCCGCUCAGAGUCCAGCCAGGAACUCAGUGGCAAAAGUGGCCCCUUUGCCCACCAGCAUUCCAGUGAGGUCUUUGAAAGUCUCCAGUCAACCAGUGUCCAAAGGGGAUUCCACAAAUCUCCUCUUGAGCUCCUUGAAGCAGACAGGAUCUGGCACAUCCAAGGCAGCGGCAGUGGGCUUCCCUACAAGCAUGUAUCCUGACGUGUAUCCAGCUAUGAGACUCUCGGUGGUCCUGGAAGCCCUGGUGCCACUGAAAACCGCAACAUCCUGUUUGGAGUCCAAGUACACACAAGGGCGUCUUGGGAUCUCUCCCUCAGACCUUAAACUCCUUAAGACUUCAAGUCCACCCAGGCAGUUUUCUUCAGGCAAGAGCACUAAAAUAACCGAAGGCAAGGGGUACAAGCAUUUGGUAAAGAAAGCACCAGAUUCUGCCACGUGUGCUUUAAACCUUCUGAAGGGACCAAAGGGUGGAGUGCUGCAGGAGAGCAAUGCCUGCAAAGCCUCUGGAGUUCUCAACGGGAGAGUCACAGGCAGCUCAUCCCAGGACUGCACCACAGCACCACAGCCCAAGACCUUGAAAAUCAAAAAUAAGGAAGCUCUGGUGGGAAAAACAUGGAAGGACCGCAGCACUUACCAGGAGAGCACUGGGCAGAAGAAGAGAAGAGCUACAGAGGCAAAAGAAGCACCACAGAGGAAAAAAGCAAAUACCAUUCCUGUCCGAAAGAAAAGUCGACAGGCUCAGAGCACUUUGAACCUGCUGAAAUUCCGGACCAUCAAGGUGGGCAACUCUUCCUCCGAUGAUGAAGUGAGGAGGAGAGCACAGAAGAUUCUUAGGGUCAACCUGUCCCCUGUGAUCCAAAUUCAGCCCUUGUCCCAUUCUCAUAGUGUCCCCUGAGUUUCUUCACUUUAUCACGUUUUUUUGUAAGUAAGUAAAUAUAAGCCUGGCACCAGAGCACAGAGAGGUUUAGGAGUGACUCUGUGUCUCUGAUGCCAAUAUGCCAACUAACCUGCAGACAGAGCCGCCCACUCUUGUGCUGUUCCUGCCUGUCUGCCACUGCUGUGCAGAACUGGCUGCAGAAAUCCAGAACCCUGUUUGGGAAUGUGGGACCAUCACUCCAGCCAGCAUCAAGCUAAGCAGGCCAGAGAGCUCACUUCCCACCACGCUCCCCUGAACGUGGCAGGCUGUGCUCUUGUGCAGGGGAGGACACAGGACUUUCUCAUUACAUUGAUGCACUGUGAUAUUGCUCUUUUUCAAGCUGUACAUUUACUGGUUUUAUUUUGAUCAAAUUUUAUAACUUUAUUAUCUCUAUAUCUAUAUAUCCAUAUAUGUGCAUAUGGCCCAGGAACUGUGGGAAGAUGCACUUCCUCCAUCCCUUUGGGACUGGGUUUGAUAGCUUUUGUUCCUCCUUCCCUUCAGCUAGUCUUUUGUUGAAAGGUGCCAGGAUUCCUUUGUGGUUCAGUGUUGUGACAGUCUGUCCUGGGCUCCCUUGAGCAGCUCAGAGGCAGCAGUGUUGUAGCCACUUGUUUGUCUCCGGAAUGCCAAACAAUUUGGAGAAUUACCAGCUGGUAGUUUUAAUCCUGUUUUCGGUAUUACCUCUGCAUAACAGUGGGGGAGUGUCACAGGGCUGCAAGUCUGUCUGACGUCUUUAGGGGCCUCCUCCCUUUGUGGGUAGCAGAAGUUUUGAACUCAUGGUAGGGAUUUGCCUCCAAAGAGGAUUCCUCCUCAGCACCUAGCAUUACUCUGUUCUCCUAUACCCCAGGUGCAGCUAUGGAUCAUGAACUGUGACUGUUAGAGCCAAAGGGCUGGAAUUGUUAUCAGGAACUGUGUAGUGUCCUGCCCACCACGUAACUGCUUUGCUGUUGCUGAGUGUUCCAGGAGCAGAUUCCAGGUGCUGGUAGAGAAGACUGUUGGUUUUGGCUGGAGUUAAACCAUAACAGAGACACAGGCUGUGUUUGAAUGUAUUUGCUACAUCCUGCCAGUCCCAGAGCUCAGUGGGACACUUGAGCUUGAGUUAAAGUAGAAAAGUGAAAAAUUUGGGAGGACAUAUACCAGUACUUAAACAGAGAGUCACUUUCUAUGGUUUGUGGAGAUGAAGCAGUAGAAGGGAAGAUGGGCACUAUAUUGUGGUGGGUAGCAGCCUUGCUGUGCUAUCAGGGAUGUGUGAGAAGGUGUGUGGCAGGUGUGAGAGUUCUGUGUGGAGGGAGUGCAGGCUCUGCCAUCCCCAGGAGGCACUGCAGAACUGCUGCAGAUAGCUGCUGUCACCUCCCUGCACCAUGGGCAUGCUGUGGGAUGGGAACACGGCUCUGUGCUCUCUGCGCUCCACAGAGAGGGAUCUACUAAACCCAAGAGAAACACCUCGUAGGAGCAGUUAGUGCUGCUACUGUCACCUGGAAGGGACAACCUGGUGUCCUGGGGAAAGGAAGAGGCAUUGUGCUGGGCACGGGCCUGGCUCCGUAUACUGCUGUAUGCUCAGAUCUCUGCAGCAGUAGUGUAAUCCACUCAUUCUCUCACCAGCUCAAAAUGCCAGUUGUCUGACCUAGUAAUCUCUGUGGACUUUGGCUGAAGGGAUGGGUUCCCCAGCUGGGAGUCCCAGAUCCUUACAUUUAAGCCCCACCCCCCAAGUACCUGGUUGGAUUUCAGUGGUUUAUGGAAGGGGUCAAUGUCUGAUCCCCAGGGCAGAAAGGAAAACUGUGGUAUGGAGAGAAGAGAGGAGGUUCAUGACAGGGUGAGAGGGCAGGGAAGUUGAGCAUUCUGAGGUGCAUCUGGGUUCUCUUCUCACUCACAUAGGGCAGGGUGGAGGUUCUCUUUCACUGAGUAACCUAGUUUAGUGGAAAGUGUCCCUGCCCAUGGCAGGUUGGUUGGAACAAGAUGAUUAUUAAGGUCCCUUCCAAUCCAAACCUUUCUGUGAUUUUAUGAUUCAGGGUAUGAUUGCAAGCUCUGAACCCCACACUUGGGUUCUGAGUUGCUGUCAGAGAUCAUAACUUGCAGCGUUUAAGACUGACCUGUGAAUGCCGCUGCUUGGCUGCCAAGGAGGAAGAAAUAUUUUCUUCUGCUUCUGUGUUUUAAAAUGCCCUGGCAGAGGGUUCCCUGUCCUGACCUGAUGCUGGAUGAGCAGGGACUCUCCAUCACUGUCAGCUGGCCAAAAAUUGCUUUGUUCCUUUUGUUCCCACUCCUUCAGACCUUUCUCAUUCCCACGCUCUCAAAUGCCAGGUCUUGAAGUCCUGCACUGGUGUUUCUCUUUUGGGCUGUUUCCCAAUGAGGGCUCUGAACUCCUGCCUGUGGUAUUGCUGUCAGGCUGCUCAGCAGCUUCCCCUGUUCCCAAACCCUUAUAAGGGCACUGAGAGCUGUCUUUGGAGCCUCCUAAUGCAGCACAGACAUCCCAGCUGAACACUUGGCCUCCGCUGGGAAAAACAACGUGCAUUGACAAGGCUGAAUCCAGGUCAAGGUCGCUUUUCCACCAGCCUGAGUGGGAAGCUGAGCACCUGAGGCCAACUUACCAGGCCACAUCCCUCCUCAUCGCUGUGUGUCAUCCCCCAGCUGCACUGCUGUCUGCCUCCCCACUCUUUUCCAUUACCUCUUUUCUUUCACAGCUUGGGUCUCUGCCAGUCAAGGACUUGACUUGUACUGUUGCUUAACACAUCCAGCACAGCAUCCAGCCUUAGUGCUGCCAUGCAUUUCCCAGCACUGAGCUAAGUUCUGUGCAUGCUUGGUGAUGACAGCUUGCCCUGUGUCCUUCCCAGGCCACCAGCAAAAGGUUUUCUGCUCUCCACUGGGAGAGACAAGCUUUGGAAAUGCCUCUGUGUCACUGAGACUCCUGCCAGGAAAGUGAGCAUAGCUGUAUGCUCAGGGACUUGCUCAUCACCAGUCCUAUCUCUGUCGGCUCUCCUGUGCAUCUCUAACAGACCACAGGGCCCUGAGCAACAGGGCAGUGCUGGACCUCUAUUCUCUGCCCUCCAGUUGACUCUUCUUCCUCUUGCAGGUGCUAUGGGAGCUUGACUGAAAGGGUUGCAGGUAACAACAGAGGGGCUUUACAGCCUCUGUGCCAAUGCCAGCAACUGCUGCCCAUCAGCCAAUACUGGCAGAGGGGGUGCCUCAGUCUGGCACAGGUUGGCUCCACUGUCCUUUGACUCAUGCCCAGGUGUGGCUGCUCCUGGUGUCCUGGGCAUGUAACACUGAUGUGCACGAGGCUGCAGAGGGGCUCUGUGUGGAUGCUGCUCUCUGCUGUUAGGGAAGAUGAACAGUUUGAUCAAACCAGAGCUACCUAAGACCUGAUCUAAGCAAAGGUCUCCCCCAUAUGUCCCUUCCAUCCUGUGUUAUUCUCUGGCAUCUGAGUAACACUUCCAGGGAUCUGUGCAACGGUAACUGGCAGAGCCCAUAGAAAUGCAUUGCCCAGAGCACUGUGGUCUCUGCUGAGCAUGUGGUAUGCACCUUGUUCAGACCUGUUUCUGUAUUAGUCACUUUGAAUUCAUCCAAGUGCCUAACCUGGCCUGUGUUGUUCUGGGCACUGUGACAGCCGAGAGCUUUGGAGACUCUCCUAGGAAUGCUUUUAACGCAUGGAUUCGUGCCACUGUCACUUCUAGAAACAAUUCAACUAGUGGUCAAAGGGCUGUUCUUCCCACUGAUUUUUUGGAAAUAAUUUCUCCUUUUAUUCAGCUGCCAAGAAGCAGUUUAUGCUUCCCCUCCACCAGACAAGGUUCUUGAGCUUCCUGCAUGCUUCAGAUGUCCGUCAGCAAGGUCCAUGGGGAGAGUAGUUUGUCCAGCAGGCAGCUGAAGGGGAAGCUGACAUCAGAUACCAGUUGAAAUCACAAUGUUAAUUGGUAGAAAUGUUCUGAAGUUCAUGUCCACUGUGAUCACAUUUCACCAUCUGCCACUGCUUAUGGCUGUAGAAGUUUCUCCUCAGCCUCUUCCCUGCAAGCCGUGUAGUGUGUUGCUGCUGCUGCUGCUUCUAAAUUAUUUGCAUCCCUCCUGAGCCAGCUGCUGUAGCAAUCCUUGUACAGAAUUUCUUAAGCACUUUUUUGCAAAAUAAGAAGGAUUAUUUUGUUACUCCUGCUUGGCAGCCCACAAGUGGUAUUUCAGUGUGUGGAGAUGUGCUCCCUGGAGUGCUCACCUCACUGGACAGCUCUCAGACCAGUUCAUACUAACAGUGCUGGGGUUCCCCCCAUUGCCUGGUGCUUCCUUGCAUGGAGUUCAGCCAGUUGCCCACUGAGAGCAUGGCAGGGGAAUCUGCAGCAGGACAGCACAGAUUGGUGAUGGCUGCUCAUGUGGCUCCAUGGUCCUGCUCCCCACCUGCCCAUGUUUUGCAGCCUGUCCUCCAGGUCCCCCUGGUGUACCAGGAGCACUUCACCCCAGCUCCGGCUGUGGCAAGAGGGGCUGGGAGGCUCUGGGUUUUGGAAUUGAGCACAGAGUUUGUGCCCUUUUAAUUGUGACUUGUACUGUGUUCAUGGCCAGAACUUGCCAGCAUGUUCAGCCAUCCCAGCAGUUCUUCCCCUUUGGAUCCAAGUUCCCUGCCCUGUCUAGGAGCUGGGCCUUUGGCCAUGGCUCAAGGGAUCCCUGGGUAGGGAGAGCAGGUUUGUCUUUCAGCUCCAGCUGGGCAGUGUGACUUGAGCUGGGCAGCUUCCCAGGCAAGAAGGCAGGUUUCGGUGGGAGAAUCCUUUUUUUGGCCACGGUUGACAGGGUUGGUGCCGAGCUGUGGAGCACCGGCUGCUCAGCCAGGAUGGCUGGUUUGUGUGGAAGUGACAGUUUCUUUUUCACCCCUCAAAAUGGCACUGGCCUCUUUGCUCCUAUGCUCAGAUGGGGAUGGCCUUCCAGGAGCUGAGAUGGCCCAUGGAGAUGACAGCCAUUUUGGGGUAUCUGGCACCUUCCUGAUGAUGCUGCAGCCCUCAGCUUUGCCAUCUGGGUGGGCUGGUGCAGUCUGUGGUGGGCACAGCAGGGCAGGAUGCUCCUGAGCCAUCACAUUUGGGACUCCACUAGAGAGCACCAUGCUAGGGUUUCCCUCUCCUUGCAGCCUGUUUUGCCUGGAGCUGGGUGUUAUUAGGAGGGUACCAGGUGCUUCAGAGGAAUCUUGUCGCAGAAGACAUGAGAGGCCAGGAUGACCUUUGUCACCAGGUCAUCCCUGAGUGUGGAAUGAAGCUUGUCUGUAGGUGUGACACUGCUGGAUCUUGCAGGUUGGCCAGCAGCUGUUUGUUCCAAAGCCGUGGUGCUGAGGCCAGACCCCUCCCUUUGCUUAGGAACACCAAGGAAGUCUGGUGAAAAAGUGAGAAGCUGGGAGUAGGGAAAGAUAAAGAUGCCAGCAGCAUCUGGACAGCCAGCAGCCUGCAGCUUCUGUGUCUGCUGCAGAUGUGCAAACAGAGGAGCUGAGGCUCUGGCAUUCCGCAGCACUGUCUUCCCUCCAUCCCUGCCUGGCCACAGAGCUUCCUCUGCCCUGCCUGGCAGCAGUACACAGGCACUGGUGGUGCAGGUGAGCGGGAGUCUUUUUGGAGGGGGCACCCCCCCAACCCUUCAUUUCCAUCCUUCAUCAGUCUCACAAUCUGGCGCUGCUCACAUGGCCUCCAAAAUACCUUCCCCAGGGAGUCCCUUAAAGGCCUUAUUACCCUCUGGGGCUCUCUCCUUAUUGUCUUAAUUAGCCCUUUCUGUUCCUGUGUUCCUGUGGCUACAGGCAGCCCCUGUGAGUGUCUGGUGAUUCCCACAGACACAGUCAGGCACAUGCUGCUGUUUUAAAAGAGGUGCUGCAAAGCUACCCCCAGAAGUACCUCCCCUCCUGCCCCUGCUCUGCUGCACUGCCCAGGCCUAGGUUGGGACAAAAUAAGCAUGGGUGGGUGUUUAUGGUGGGGAAGGCACCAUAUGAUGCCCUCCCUCCUCCUGGGUCCUGGUGCAGCACUUUUGAAGAGUAGCAUUUCCUGAGCAGAGGCAUGGCAGCUGCUCUGAGUGACACAGGGGCUCUGGGUGGGCACUGCCCGGCCGCUUGUGCUACUCUCUGCCAACCAGCAUCUCCAUGAGAGCCGUCUCCACGCCACGGCAUGACCAACCUGCUCCGGCUGAGACCAGAGCCACGGGCUCCGCUGUGGCAUUCCCUGGUGUUUGGGCAUCCCAAGCAACUUCUGGGGAGCAGCAACUGCAAUUCGUAGGAGGGCGAGUAACAAACUUUGUAUGAUGAUUUUACAAAUGACCAUCUUGUUCUUGAGUGAACUUUUUACCAUUUCAUUUGUUUGUGUAGAAUGUUUCUGAAGUUCUAAUAAUAUUUAAUGUUAAUAUGAAGCUGGGCUGUUCCACACUUCACGUUGUAUAUUUUGGAAUGGCAUUGUUUAGUGAAAAGACAGCGUUAGUAUUAUUCCACUCUUUGGAAGGGAAUGGGACAAAAAACAGACUGUCUUUUUUCUUAAAUGAAGUGAACUUUUUGUUAUGAAGUCCUAGCAGGUGUCCAGCCCUUCAGUAAAAUGGUGCUCAGAACCA